AUGGCCAUAAUCGCCGACGAUGCGCCCAAUCUGGCUGGCAGUGUCAUCGCGUUGACUGUACUUGCCUUUGUAACCUACGGAAUGCGGGUGUAUUGUAGAAUAAGCAGAAGGUCGUGGGGAACGGAAGAUUGGAUCAUGUCUGUGGCAGUGGUGCCAUUCUGCGUGCUCGUGGCGGGCUGCCUUGGAGGCGCGUUUAAUGGUAUUGGCAUUCAUAGCUGGCGGUUGCAACAGCCUGAGAACGUGAAGUAUCAGGCUGGGGGUCAAAAGUUCUUCCUCAUAUUCGAAGUGGGUUACUGUGCCGCCAUCAUUCCGAUCAAGCUCAGCAUCAGCUGGAUGCUGAUCCGAGUGGCUGAAGGACGCAAAUUGGCCGCCUGGGAUACGAGCCUUCUUGAGAAAGGAGGACACUGCCAACCUGCUCAUGUUUUGACGGAUGUUUACUACGCUACUACUGCUGUAAAUAUUGCCACAGACUGGGUCACAGCCUUAAUGCCGAUUCCCUUGCUCUGGCAUGUCAAGCUUAACAAUGCUGCUAAGAUAUCUAUUGUCGGACUGAUGAGUCUCGGUAUACUGGCGUCCCUCUCAGCAUGUGUCCGACUCAAAUACACCGUCAAUCUGACCAACCAAACCGAUUAUCUCUUCGCCGUGGCUAAUGUGGUCAUAUGGGGAUUUGCGGAGAACGCCGUCGGCAUGAUCGUCGGCAACAUCUCAACACUACGUCCGCUAUUCCGCAGUCUUCUUGAUAACACUGUCCGAAAAGCUGGGUACAGCAGCCGGUCUCGAGGCGGUCCUUCCAAACUCGCCUCCUCGUACGAGUUGUCUCAGAACGGAAAGAGUAGUAAUAACUUUACACCUACGCUGACCGAGAUUCGAGACGGCCAUGGCAAGAGAAGAACCAGCCAGUUGAGCGACGAUGACAGCAGAGAGCUGAUUCUCCAAGGCCAUGACGCACGUGACAUCCUCGUUAGCCGGCAGAUAAACAUAGCAUACGAGUAA